AUGGAGUACAAACUGAUAAGCCCCCUCGUGUCGCGCGUUGUGCGAGCGUUGGAGGUCUCACACCACAAAGAUCUGACGUAUGCACAAUCAUUGUUGGUAAACGACGAUCUUUCCCCUGUCGGCCCCGAGAAACGAACAUGGGGAACGUGGAACUUCGUCGCAUUUUGGAUAGCGGACAGUUUCAAUAUUAAUACGUGGAUGAUCGCCUCCUCAAUGGUGCAGCUAGGGCUCUCCUGGUGGCAAGCUUGGAUCGCCGUAUGGGUUGGAUACGGGGUGGUUGCUCCCUUCAUCGUUCUGAACGCCCGUCCUGGAGCGAUCUUCCACGUCACAUUCCCUGUCGUCGCUCGCACAAGCUUUGGAAUGUGGGGCAGCCUCUGGUGUGUAUUCAACCGAGGCGCCAUGGCUUGCAUCUGGUACGGUGUCCAAGCCAGCAUAGGUGGCAGUUGUGUCUUGGUCAUGUUGAGAACAAUGUGGCCAAGCGUCAACAAUAUCCACAACUCAAUGCCUGCAUCUUCGGGAACGAAUACACGAGAUUUUAUGUGCUUUUUCUUGUUCUGGCUUAUCUCGCUUCCGGCGAUCUGGAUUCCCAUUCACAAAGUCCGCCAUUUGUUCACCCUCAAAGCUAUUAUCGUCCCUGUAGCCGGUAUCAGUUUCUUUAUUUGGUGCAUUGUCAAAGCUCGCGGUGUAGGCCCGAUAGUUCACCAGCCAUCUCAGCUGCGUGGUUCAGUGUUGGGAUGGGCAAUGGUAACAAGUAUCAUGUCGUGCGUUAGUAACAUGGCCACCCUCGUGACUAAUGCUCCGGAUUUUGCAUCCCGGUCGAGACGUCCGUCCGACGCCAUUCUCCCGCAGUUAAUCACAGUGCCCCUGGGAUUCUCAAUUGUGAGCUUUCUGGGAAUCAUCGUUAGUUCCUCGUCGCAGGCGAUCUAUGGGGAGGCGAUCUGGUCACCGAUAAAUCUACUUGGGAUGUUUUUGGAUGACCAUCCCUCGCAUGCCACAAGAUUCGGGGUCUGGUUCAUUUCCGCGUCCUUCAUAAUCGCUCAACUAGGAACAAACAUCUCGGCUAACUCGAUCAGUGCCGGAUGUGAUCUCACAGCGCUCUUCCCUCGUUUCAUUAACAUACGUCGUGGUGGUUACAUAGCAGCCAUCGUAGGAAUGUGCAUGCUUCCGUGGAACCUCUUGAAGAGCAGCAACAGCUUCACGAACUAUCUUUCAGCAUAUUCUGUCUUUCUGAGUUCUAUCGCCGGUGUCAUGAUCACGGACUACUAUGUGAUCCGGAAAGGACACUACCGCAUCAAGGAUCUGUACCGGACGAGCCGAGACGGCUGGUAUUGGUACACCUUUGGUGUCAACUUCCGUGCGUAUGCUGCAUAUAUUUCAGGGAUUUUGAUCAACGUUGUGGGCUUCGCCGGCGCCACCGGACGCAGCGUCCCUCUGGCCGCGACACGGAUUUAUCAGCUGGCCUUCUUCACUGGCUUCGGAGUCUCCGCCCUGGUGUAUUGGGGCCUUAAUUGGUGUUUUCCUUCCCAUGGCGCAGCCAUAACGUUUGAAGAACUAAAUGUCUCCGACGAGGGUAUGAACGACCUUGAUUCGGACAUCCUAGAUCGUCGAAUUUCGGAUGAGAAAGGCGAGAAGAACAGGGACGGUGAUCUCGACGACGUCCUCCCGGUCUCAGUAUGA